UUGUGUUAUGUCACCUUUUAUAUUGUUAUCUGAGACUUACAUUAAUAUUUAAAAUAUUAUCUUGAAGCAUUCACAGUAGUUUCCCUCUACAGUGUGCUCUGCUGGAGAAUCUAUAACUUUUGAGGAUGAACCUUUUCGCUUACAUAACUGCGGUGUGUGUCCCCUGAGUGUGCGCCACUUGUUGAUCAGUCUGCGGUUUAUCAGUAGGCCUACCAGUAAAAACCUGCGUCUCUUUGUGUGUCACGUGACUCGUUGAUCAAAUCAGCUCUUUUAACGCUUUACGACACGUUGAUUAAAGAUAGAAGCCAGCGAGACCUAAAAUCUCCACUGAUGCUGCGGGGAGGAGGAGGGGGGAGUUGUUCGCCGCAGUGAUCCAGGAACUCCCGCAUCUCCGCAUCUCGGACCUGAUCACGUGCCGCGCUCGGCCAAUCAGAGGCGGCGGAGAAGCGCAGCAGCAGUAUAAAUCAGAGGUGGAAGCGGAGGAGAAGCAGGAAUGAAAGACAAUAGAAACAUUCACACAGACCACGCUUCUCAAGGCUCUUGUCGUCUUUUGAUUUUUGUCUAUACUUAACACUUAAGGUUUGGGUCAAGACAAUGGCCACCUCAACAAGUUCGAAGCUGAGCAAAGCUGUAAAGCAGCAUUACAUGGAACUCCCUCAGGGGGACAAGGUCCAGGCCAUGUACAUCUGGAUCGACGGUUCCGGAGAGGGACUGCGCUGCAAGACCAGAACUUUGGAUUGUGAACCCAAGACCAUCGAGGAUCUUCCCGAGUGGAACUUUGAUGGCUCCAGCACGUACCAGUCAGAGGGCUCCAACAGCGACAUGUUCCUGAUCCCCGCCGCCAUGUUCAGGGACCCGUUCAGAAAAGACCCCAACAAGCUGGUGCUCUGUGAGGUGCUCAAGUACAACCGCAAGCCCGCAGAGACUAACCUGCGCCAGACCUGUAAACGGAUCAUGAGCAUGGUGGAGAAUAAUCGCCCGUGGUUCGGCAUGGAGCAGGAGUACACUCUCCUGGGCACGGAUGGACAUCCCUUCGGCUGGCCCUCCAACGGCUUCCCGGGUCCACAAGGGCCAUAUUACUGUGGAGUGGGAGCCGAUAAAGCGUACGGACGAGACAUAGUGGAGGCGCAUUACAGAGCCUGUCUGUACGCUGAGGUUGACAUCUGUGGCACCAAUGCUGAAGUCAUGCCCGCUCAGUGGGAGUUCCAGAUCGGGACCUGUGAAGGUAUCAACAUGGGGGACCAUCUGUGGGUCGCUCGCUUCAUCCUUCACAGAGUGUGCGAGGAUUUCGGCGUGGUGGUCUCCUUUGACCCCAAACCAAUCUCGGGGAACUGGAACGGCGCCGGCUGCCACACCAACUUCAGCACCAAGGAGAUGCGAGAGGACGGCGGACUGAAAAUCAUUGAGGAGUCCAUCGACAGGAUGGCGAAGAGACACAUGUAUCACAUCCGGGCCUACGACCCCAAAGGUGGGCUCGACAAUGCCAGACGCCUCACCGGUCACCACGAAACCUCGAGCAUCGACGCCUUCUCGGCCGGCGUGGCCAAUCGGGGCGCCAGCAUUCGCAUUCCUCGCUUGGUCGGGCAGGACAAGAAGGGCUACUUCGAGGACCGCCGUCCGUCCGCCAACUGCGACCCGUACAUCGUCACGGAGGCGAUUGUGCGCACGUGUUUACUCAAAGAAGAGGGAGAGGAGCCCACAGAUCACAGCAAAUGAAGUCUUAAGACCCCGUGUCAUUACCAGUACGGCAUCUAGCCAUGUCUUUUUUUCCAGACUUUAUGGAUUGAUUUUUAACAUUUUUGUACUUGACAGGUGAAAUAAUAAUCCAGCUUUCCCUGCAUUCUUUUAACCCUCCUGUUACCUUAGGGUAAAUUUGACCCCAUUCAAUGUUUAAUGUCGGUGUUCUUUGCGGUCAAUUUGACCCCAGGCUGUUUUUCACUGUGUCAAACAUAUAAGAAAUAUCAACUUUUUUAUAUAUUUAAAGGGCUAUUUAGGUAGUCAACAAACAAACAUAAAGUACCUCACACUUAAACUGGGAAAAGCAAUAUUAAUUCUAAUAAUUUUCUGGAGGUUUUAAUUGCUGGUGUCAAAUUGACCCCGAGGGUAAAAUAUGUCAGUAAAUAUAAAGGUAACAGGAGGGUUAAACAUUGAAUGGGGUCAAAUUGACCCUAAGGCAACAGGAGGGUUAAGCCAGUCUUACGUCUGUCACAUUAUCACUGCCAACACCUUUUGUCGUGGCUGACAUGUAAAGAAUAACUGUACUGUGUUUAACGUGGACAAAUUCAAAACUUCUUAAACGGCAGCAGGGUUUUUCUACAGAUCUCGUAACUCUGACUCAAAGGAUCCCAGAGGCAUUUGAAUGUCUUGGCCUCUGUCAUAAUGGUGGUUAUAUACGGUGUGUAUAGAAUAAGGUCAUAUGUACGCCAAUCUACAUUUGUAUGGUUUAAAUAAUUCAUAUAUAUUUUUCCACGUGUCAUUGUCAAAUAGAUAAAUGUUUUCAUCUGAUUUUGAACUCCUGCGUGUAUCCUGUUUUGACUCCAAUUAAAUUCCGGCAUGCCUGUUGGUCCCAUGCAGACCGUCGGCUGAAUUGAAUCUCACUGAUUUUAAAAUGUGACCGGCGUUAAGGGAACAUGUGCUGUAACGUUUAACAAAUGGUGGUUGGUUAGGGCACGGCGACAUUCACAUCUUCCCACUUAUGCAAAACGGACCGAGCGGCUGCCUUCAAGAGAAAGUCAACACGACGUUGAACUCUUUCAAAAGAGUUUCGAUUCUAUUCUCAUUGACUGCGAAGGCGUUGACAACGUGCACGCGAGCAGGCAGACUUUGCCAACUUUGCUUGUAUGCAAACAUGAGCGAGGCGUCUUUAUGGUAUGUUUUGAAAAAAAGUGUCGAUAACACAUCGAGACUAGUUCUUUAAGUAGUGCAAGAAAAUACAUAAAAGGAGGGGAGGUCCUUCCGAAGAUCUGAAAACACAUAAAAAAACAUUUUCCAACAGUUAGUUGUUCAAUGUACUGCAUUAUUCUUACAUUUAGCUACUAACUAAUAUAAUAUAGCAAUUUGAGUACACAGUUUGACAGUUAAAUCAAUAUGGUUCACUAUUCAUUGUCAUCACAUGUGCUACUCCUGUCGUACGGUGCCCUCUCAGUUCUAGAAGAAAAAAAUGUGUAUUUCUUUCCAAUAAAUAACACAGAAAGUU